AUGGAAACUAGCAGAGAGGGGCUUCUUGGAGUGGGAAGGCUGCGUGACUUCAACUUUGAUUGCAAGGAGGCGGUGAUUGCGACGGAAGGUGUUGAUAUGGGGAAGAAAACUCGUAGUUGCUUGUUCCGAGUUACUGUUAAGGGAGAGAAUUUGGUAAAUGGGCAAAGGACCAGGAGCCACCUCUGGUUGGUUGACUUGGCUGGAAGUGAGCGAGUCGGGAGGAUAGAAGUUGAGGGUGAAAGGUUGAAGGAGUCACAAUUUAUCAACAAGUCUCUCUCGGCGCUUGGUGAUGUUAUCUCUGCUUUGGCAAACAAGACAGCCCACAUACCGUAUAGGAACUCAAAGCUCACUCAUUUGCUGCAGAGCUCUCUGGGAGGAGACUGCAAGACCCUUAUGUUUGUUCAGAUAAGCCCAAGUGCUGCAGACUUGGGAGAGACCCUAUGCUCCCUGAACUUUGCUAGCCGAGUUCGAGGAAUUGAGCAUGGCCCUGCCCGUAAACAGGCAGACCACACUGAACUUUUCAAGUACAAACAGAUGGCUGAGAAGCUGAGACAGGAUGAGAAGGAAACAAAAAAAUUACAGGAUAGCUUGCUGUCAUUGCAGUUGAGGUUUGCAGCCCGGGAACAACUCUGCAGAAGCCUUCAGGAAAAGGUUCGAGAUCUUGAGAGCCAACUGGCAGAAGAAAGGAAAGCUAGACUCCAGCAUGAAAAUAGAACCUCUUUUUCAUCUGCUAAAUCAUCAGCUUUGACGUAUAUUCAACAAGGCCAGAGUAGCACAAGAGAGAAAUUGCCACCACUUGCUCCAUCAAAGACGAGAGUGCCACUGAGAGCAAUCACCAACCUUUGGCCUCAGUCUCCAGCUCAACCCAGGAAAAAUAACAUUGCCAACCUUUGGCCUCAGUCUCCAGCUCCAUCCAGGAAAAAUAAUUUUGUCAAAUCGAAUUCAGCUUCAGUGGAGGACAGAGACUCGAAGACAAUGACUAGUACAAAGACACUAAUGAAACCAAGACGGGUCUCAAUUGCUGCUGUUCGAGCUCUUCCUUCAGCAACUGCCCAAUUUCAUCAACCUAAAAGACGGGUGUCUAUUGCAACAAUUCACCCUGCUUCGAUGAUGACACCAGCCACCACUUCCAAGAUAGGCCGGUUUGCAUUUGCAAGGGAUCCACAGAAUAAUCGGAGGGUCUCUAGGACUUUCUCACCAUUGCCACAACUUAGAACUGCUUCUGUGGAGGCAACACCAGUUGGAACCAGGAGGAGUAAAUUCUCGGGUAGCCCAACAAUGCAGCGGGUUGGCUCAUGGAUUCCAAAGCACCCUAGAAGACGGAUGUCAAUUGCUGCUGUUCGAGCUCUUCCUUCAGCAACUGCACAAUUUCAUCAGCCUAAAAGACGGGUGUCUAUUGCAACAACUUCCUCUGCUUCAACGAUGACACCAGCCACCACUUCCAAGAUAAGCCGGUUUGCAUUUGCAAGGGAUCCACAGAAUGAUCGGAGUGUCUCCAGGAUUUUCUCACCAUUGCCACAACUUAGAACUCCUUCUGUGGAGGCAACACCAGUUGGCACCAGGAGCAAAUUCUUAGGUAGCCCAACAAUGCAAGUUGGCUCAUGGAUUCCUAGGCAUCCUACAGUGGUAGCUUUACAUAAGAGACACUUUUUGUGGAGCCCACUCAAGCAGAGAGGCCUGAAGAAUGAUAGAAAGUACUGAUUUUCAGAGAAUUGCGCUUCUGGUGAUCAUCAGUUCAUCAUCACCUCAAAGGCAGCCAACUUCAUCUUAUGAUAUUUACUCUAAUAUCUUACCCAUUUUGAUAACUAGUUUUAGAGGCCAAUCGUAUAUAGUAUGUACAUGAGAAAGUGAAAGAUAUGUAAUGUCAUACGAUGUAAUUUGUGUAGUACCGUUCUGAUUAUUUCUUUAGUCUUGAUAUUUGAUGACCUAUAAGAUCAAUAAAUUUCAUGUCUGCACUGCAAAGAAAAGAGAAGAAAUUGAAAUUUGAAAGGGACUCAUUUUUCA